ACAGUUUCGCUCCUAUCCGGAAACGCCACUGCCCAUAAUAUCAUCUCUCUCAUCACCAUCUCCGUCGUGAAAAAAAGAAGAAAAUCUCAAUCCCUUCCAGUUUCCACCGUCUCUACCCUUGGCUUUGCUGCGAGAGAAGGAACGCACGCCGAUGGAGUCCGUGCUGAUCCGUUCUUGCUCGUCCCCUCCGCUCGCGGAAGCGGGAGACCUCUGCGGCCUGAGAUCGUCGCCGACCGCCGCGACGAGGAGGGCGGCUGCGCCAUCGCCGUCGCGGCGGUUCGCCCCCGCGGUGCGCUGCUCUUCCCGGAGCGACGCCUGCAUACCGAAGCUCGAGCCUUUCAGCAGGACCAGGCUCGAGCGCGGCCUCAGGGAGCCCCCCUUGAUCCAAAAGUGCGAGAACGAACUUGCUGAUUAUUGUUCGACGCUCGAAGGGGACAGCUCGUACAGCUGCUGGAGAGCUUAUUUUGAACUGAAGGACCUCGAAAAGGAGUCGCCUAAAGAAGAAGUUGAGAGGCUGAUCAUUGAAUCAGGGGGUGUGAAGUCCUUAGUCGGGUGCCUCCACGGUAUAGCAGAAAUCCAUAAGGCUAAGAAGGACAGAGUUGCCGGGCCAAAGCCAUCGAACUCCGAGAAAGGUAUGGAGAAGCACUGUCCCAUACCGGAUGGGUUACCGAAGUCGCUGAAAGAAUUGGAGGAAGAAGAGAUGGGGAGAAUGCCUGAUUCGCCCUAUACAAGAUUGCUCAGAAGCAAGGGAAGAUUUCCUGCUUGGUAUUCACCUGCCCCAGACCACGAAACGGAUUGAAGCAGCGAACCCUUUUAUAAAAAAUGAUUUCUUGCAAGUUUGAGCUAAAAUUGCUGAUUAGUGUGGAUAUAUUGUAGGAUGUGUUGCUGAUGAGAGUGAGUGAGUUUUAUUCUAGGUUGCUGGGAAGGUGUUGGUGAUUGAGGCUGUCGUCUGUGUAGAUAUGGAUCAUAUAAGAGUUGUGAAUUGGGAUCGUCUCUCCUAACAUCUACGAGGUUGUCUUUGUUGCUGCUGAAAAGAACUCUUCUGUUGCAGUUCUCCAAUUCGGGAGAGCUGUGUGGAAGAUGCAGGAUUUUAUCCAUCAGAUUUGACUUCACUUUA